CAAAAAGGGGUUUCUAACUGGGAGAGAUAUAGGACAGUUUUAUCCAUGACCCACAGGGAAUGUGGAUACUGGCCUAAUAUUGUUAAACCAGAACAUGGCUGUGGCCUAAGAAUUGCAAUCAGUUUAAUAAAAAAAAAAUUAAAGAAGUGCCAACCUACUGUGGAAACCAGGAGAUGUGAAUUCCCUCCUGGACUGCAAGGAUUGCAAAAGGUGCAAAACUCUCCUUUGAAAAUGAUUGGGUGCGAUGUUCGAUUUGGGCUCCACCCAGACUCUUCUGGGCCAACCACAGGCUGUGGAUACUGAGAGAGACUGGAGAGGGGUAAGUUUCUCCGAGAUAAUGCACAAGCCUAUCCCUUCAGCACAGGAGGAAGAAAGCACCAUGAGUAACGUUACAGUCUUGGACAUCACUGAGACCGCAAGCCCAGCCAUGACGGCGGAUGAACCUCACUCCUAUCCCCUCAGUUUCCAGGUCUCCCUGACCGGCUUCCUGAUGCUGGAGAUAGUGUUGGGCCUGAGCAGCAACCUCACUGUGCUCGUCCUGUACUGCAUGAAGUCCAACCUGGUCAACUCCGUUAGCAACAUCGUGACCAUGAACCUGCAUGUGCUUGAUGUGCUGGUGUGUGUGUGCUGCAUCCCACUGACCAUUGUCGUGUUGCUUCUCUCACUGCAAGGUGACACUGUGCUGGUCUGCUGCUUCCAUGAGGCCUGCGUGUCCUUCGCUAGCGUGGCUACGGCUGCAAAUGUGUUAGCCAUCACACUCGACCGCUACGAUAUCUCUGUCAAACCAGCCAAUCGUGUGCUCACCAUGGGCCGAGCGGUGGCUUUGUUGGGGGGCAUCUGGGUGCUGUCUUUUCUUAGUUUCCUGGUGCCCUUCAUUGAGGUGGGCUUCUUCAGACCAGAGCCAACCAAAGCUAACCAGACUGCUGUAGUGCACGUUAAUGAGUAUUACACAGAAUUAGGCUUGUAUUACCACCUGGUUGCACAGAUCCCCAUCUUCUGCUUUACUGCCGUGGUCAUGCUGGUUACUUACUCUAAAAUCCUGCAGGCACUAAACAUCCGCAUCGGAACACGUUUCCAUGCCUCACAGAAGAAAAAGAAGAUGCGAUGGAAAAAGAACAUCUCACUCAUGUCGUCUUCACAACAGCAGCUGCCCGAAGUCACAGAUGGCUCUCAGGGUAGCAGUGGGAACCGUAACGUGCCACUGGGCAUGAGAGCCUCAGUGUCUGUGAUCAUUGCCCUACGGCGAGCUGUGAAACGUCACCGCGAGCGACGGGAAAGACAGAAACGGGUGUUCCGCAUGUCACUCCUUAUCAUCUCCACUUUCCUGCUGUGUUGGACCCCGAUUACUGUUCUAAACAGCAUCAUCCUCAGCACAGGCCCCAGUGACCUCAAUGUGAAGCUACGUCUGGGCCUCCUGGUCAUGGCGUAUGGAACAACAGUCUUCCAUCCGCUCCUUUACGCUUUCACGCGGCAGAAAUUUCAAAAGGUUCUAAAAAGUAAGAUGAAAAAGCGGGUGGUGUCCAUCAUUGAGACAGAUCCAAUGCCCACCAAUUCAGUCAUAAAAAACUCAUGGAUUGAUCCAAAGAGGAAUAAAAAAGUGACAUUUGAAGAUCAUGAAGCCAAACAAAAGUGUCUGUCAUCUGAGGAUGUUGACUAA